CACAAAUCAUUGAUAUAAGCUAUACAAAAUACGUUUUAAGCUGUUCUUUUCAUCGCUAUCACAAAUAGCCAUUUUAUUUUUGAUACGCCUUCAGAGCUAAUGUGGGUGUGCGACUUCAUAUUUCUAAAUGUCAAAUUUAACUCUCAGUCAUCUUUUGAAAGAUUUUUUUGUUUUUGCUUUGUCUUUAACAAAUGGGCAAGAAGAAUUCAGAAGACUAUGUACAUGGAAGCAGCAAAGGAGCCAAAGGAGGUAGUUCAAAAGCGACUGGAAAGCGUCAUACAAGCUCUGGUAAAGGAUCAAAGUUUGAUCGCUAUGCAAAGGCAAGCUAUUUUGCUCCUGGAGAGGAAGAACAUGGACAGUUAGAAGAAGAUAAUAAAUCGAGUAUUCCUAUGCCAGUCGCCAUGUGGGAUUUUAAGCAUUGCGAUCCUAAACGUUGCUCUGGUGUCAAGCUUGCCAGAUGCGGUAUGUUGACAACGCUAAAGUUAGGACAGCGUUUCCGAGGCAUUGUUGCUAGUCCUGUUGGUGAGAAGGCAGUAUCACCAGCUGAUAGAAAAAUCGUGGAAAUGUAUGGAGCGGGCGUUGUCGAUUGCUCUUGGGCAAGGAUUGAUGAGGUGCCAUUUACAAAAAUUAGAGGACCUACAGAUCGCCUUUUACCGUAUCUAGUAGCUACUAAUCCUGUUAAUUAUGGUAAACCUUGGAAACUGAAUUGUGCAGAGGCUCUGGCAGCAAUAUUCUACAUCACUGGAUUCCCCGAACACGGAGAAGCAUUGCUCUCCAAGUUUAAAUGGGGCCAUGCAUUUAAAAAAGUAAACGGUGGUUUACUUUCACGGUAUGCCAAGUGUAAAGACUCUACAGAAGUUGUGGCUGUACAAAAUGAAUAUCUUGCACAAUUAGAGGCAGAUGAACGAUCGAAGGAAGCUUCAAAAACGGAAGAGCUAGAUGAUAGCGACAAUGAUGAUUUAUUAGUCAGGAAUAAUAACCGUGACACCGCCUUUACCGCAUUUGAUGACUCUUCUGAAGAAGAAGACAGUGAGGAAUAUGAAUCAGAAGAAGAAGAAGAAGAGCAUAGUGAAAAUGACUCUGAUGUAGAAGAAGUUCGUGAUAAGCUGGGAAACACUAAUAUUCGUUAGCAUUGAUAAAGAUUAUCCUCUGACAGACCAAAUGUCGUACUCUAGAAACUUUGGCGUAUCAGCACACCAAAGUGUAACCGUGCUGUUGCCCUAAUUGCUCCCUUUUCUUUUCUUUUCUUUUCUU